UGAAGAGAUGGAUCUGCACCGGCCUGAAUUCACUCCCCUUGUGCUGCGACCAUCUGGCACAAGUUUAGACACCUUACAGGAAUGCCCUUUACCCACAGAGUGGUGCACGUCUCCAGGAUGAAGACCGCUGAGCUGCUGCUUGUUGGAUUGUGUGUGAUGAGCAUCGCAUCUUCACUGAAAAUCUGUGCUUUUAACGUUCAGAGUUUUGGUGAAACAAAGGCAAGCAACAAGAAGGUUAUGGGAGUCCUAUUAAAGAUUCUCUCUCGGUGUGACGUGUGUCUCGUUCAGGAGGUCCGAGACUCCAAAGGAGAAGUUAUAAAAGCUUUAGUGAAAGAUCUGAACAGAUUUGACAAAUUCAACUCCUACUCACACGUGGAAAGUGAAAGACUGGGGAGGAAAAGCUACAAAGAGCAGUAUGUCUACAUUUACAGAAACAACAUGUUGAAGGUCAGGGAGAACUUUCAGCGUCCUAAACGGGAGUCAGACAGGACCAACGAGACCCAGGUUUUCUCCAGAGAGCCUUUCAUCGUCCGCUUCCACUCCCCUACCACACUGGUGAAGGAUUUUGUUCUGAUUGGACAACACACGUCUCCCAAAACCGCCAUGAAGGAGAUUGAUGAGCUGUAUGCAGUCGUCAAAGAAAUUCAGAAGAAGUGGAAGACUGAGAACGUGAUGGUCCUGGGAGACCUGAACGCCGGCUGCAGCUACGUCACCAUCAAAGGUUGGAAAGGGGUGCGUUUGAGGAGUGACCCCAAAUUCCACUGGCUGAUUGGAGACGAGCAGGACACAACCGUUCGAGAGAAGACACACUGCGCCUACGACAGGAUCAUCGUGCAUGGACGGGAGAUUUUCUCCAGCGUGGUUCCAGACUCAGCUCAAGCAUUUAACUUUAAAGAAAGCUUCCGACUCACAGAGGCAGAGGCCCUUGAGGUGAGUGACCAUUUUCCUGUUGAAGUUGACCUGAAGCCCAACCAUCGCUACCUCCUCCGCCACGAGCUGUAGAUCAAUCCAGAACUGCAACUUUGUGUUUACAUUUUAAAAAGACUUUAAACUGAUUUUAAUGAAUUAAACACAUUCAGAAAAGCA